GCCCGGCCAUCUAAGUCCUGACUGCCCGGCUGGGCGUGCUCUUUUGCAAACAGCCACGCAUUUGAAAAGCCCGGCUCCUGUCUGUUCAUCUUGGAAGUUGGAGAUAGCAGCCGAGAACAAAGAUUGGGAAGCGCACAUUUUUGAGAUUGAGCUCUACAGUGGAGAUCAGAUGAUCUCAGGAGCAGGCAUGGGAACUGCUACCUCGGAUUGUGAGCGCUCGUCUCCAGAUGGUGCAUUUGAUGGGGACACCAGCACCAAAUGGGUCACUUGCUCCGGCGCAAAGGUCGGAAAGAGCGUGACAUACAAAUUGCACAGCCCCAAUGGCGUGACCAAGAUCAAGACCAUACAGUUCGGCAGUGCCAACAAUGCCAUUCCAAAGUUUGACUUGUACUGCUCAACUGAUGAUGUCACUUUCUCCUAUGUGUGGACGGCAGAUUUGGGAACCGGUGCUGGCACCAACGAAGCCACCUCAGGUCUUUCCGCGCCCAGUGAUGACAUGAUCGCCAGCUUCAGCCCCCCCACCACAACCACGACGACCAUGGACCCUGCGCUGCUGGCAAAACCCAGGAUAUUCCUCACUGCUGAGACACAUUCCAUGAACCUCGGUGGCAUUGCGGGAGCAGAUGCAAUUUGCACAGCUGAAGCUGGUCAAGCUGCGAAGGCCUUGUUGGUGGAUGACGCGGGCUGCGGUGGGGCACCAUGUCGCCGUGCAUCCGUAAAGCCCUGGCCGCCCACGGAGGGAAGGGUAGACUGGCCAUUGCUACCUCGGACCACCUACUACAACAAGGAUUGGACAAAGGAGGUGGUUACCACAGAUUGCCAUGCAUUGCUGGCAGGGAACAUGGUCAACGCAGUGACCAGCACUGGAUGCAGCAACCAAGUUACAGGCAUGAAUGCAGACUUCCAGACUAAGUCGGGUGCCACCUGUGAGAGUUACACCAGUGCAGAUCCAGCUGAUCAGAUGGUGGUGGGAUGGUCCUGUGCUGCCAAUGGCCCGGCAUUGGUGUACAACUGGGUGUAUCCCAAGGGAACUCAGUCCUGUGACAUCAAGAAGCAGUUCAUUUGCGUGACCACUCCGGACCUCACGGUUGAAGCAACAUGCGAUGAUUGGAAGGUUCUGCAGCUGGAGGACUAUCAGGCCUUCAUCUCUGGCUCUGGUAAGGCAGUGGUGUACGAGGGCCCCCGAUUGGCCUUGGUCAUCGCAGACUCCGCACGGUCUGCAGAAUUCAAUCCAGAUGUGAAUGAUGCUAAAACUACAGAGGCUAUGAAAGACAUUGUUUCCAAUUUGGAGAAGAUGCUCUACAUCUACGAUGAUGUGGUUGGAAUGAUUCCCAGGUACUAUACCGCUCCGGAUGCACGGCUGGAAGGUCGGAUUCCCCAAGAAAUAAACUUCCUGAACGCGGGGGGCUUGGCUAAUGCCGCCCGUGCUGGCGUUGCAGUGGGUCCCGACUUCGUCAGGAAGAUGUUGGAGAUGACCCUUCAAGGUCGACAGGUGAUUGACCACGUCUUUUUCUAUGAGAACUUCAGGAAUUACAUCUUUCCCAAUGUGUUCACCAAGGUUUUGGAUUACCACACUUCGGUGAGCUAUUGGAGCUCAGGUUGGGUGAAUCAGGGUUUCAUCAAUAUCUUCGGGUGUCUCACGUCUGUUGCCAUCACUCCACCGGUGGAAUUCAAUUACUUUGGAAAGAACCGGGAGGAGUUCAUGGCCAUGAUGGAAGAGAACUUGGUGAUCUAUGUCAGCAACUCAGAGUACAAUUUGGACAACACUUUCAUGCAAGACUUCCUUCCCUGGGCCUCCCACAGCAGCCUUGACAAUCUGUAUUCAGGACUCAACUCAUUCCUCUUCCGGAAAUGUGGUGGCGUCAAUUUCUUGAAGGGUUUCUUUGGCGCUUUGGAGGGCCUGCUAGUCCGUGCUCCCGACGGAAAAGGUGACUACGAAACUGCCAUGGAGAACUACUACAUCGCUGCAAGCAUUGGUGCGAAUGCAGACCUCAAGGAUUUCUUUACAGGCGAGUUGAAGUGGCACCUGCGACCUGCAGCUUUGGCAGAAGUUCACGCCAAAGGUUUGACAACGAUGAGCCUGUCAGCGACCACAACGACGACCACCACGACGGUGGCAGUGGCUCCUGUCUGUUCAUCUUGGAAGUUGGAGAUAGCAGCCGAGAACAAAGAUUGGGAGGCGCACAUUUUUGAGAUUGAGCUCUACAGUGGAGAUCAGAUGAUCUCAGGAGCAGGCAUGGGCAUUGCUACCUCGGAUUGUGAGCGCUCGUCUCCAGAUGGUGCAUUUGAUGGGGACACCAGCACCAAAUGGGUCACUUGCUCCGGCGCAAAGGUCGGAAAGAGCGUGACAUACCAAUUGCACAGCCCCAAUGGCGUGACCAAGGUCAAGACCAUACAAUUCGGCAGUGCCAACAAUGCCAUUCCAAAGUUUGACUUGUACUGCUCAACUGAUGAUGUCACUUUCUCCUAUGUGUGGACGGCAGAUUUGGGAACCGGUGCUGGUACCAACGAAGCCAUCUCUGGCCUUGCUCCUCCCCCAUUACCAGCCACUCCUCCCCCCACUGUGGCGCCUGUCUGUUCAUCUUGGAAGUUGGAGAUAGCAGCCGAGAACAAAGAUUGGGAAGCGCACAUUUUUGAGAUUGAGCUCUACAGUGGAGAUCAGAUGAUCUCAGGAGCAGGCAUGGGAACUGCUACCUCGGAUUGUGAGCGCUCGUCUCCAGAUGGUGCAUUUGAUGGGGACACCAGCACCAAAUGGGUCACUUGCUCCGGCGCAAAGGUCGGAAAGAGCGUGACAUACCAAUUGCACAACCCCAAUGGCGUGACGAAGAUCAAGACCAUACAAUGGGGCAGUGCCAACAAUGCCAUUCCAAAGUUUGACUUGUACUGCUCAACUGAUGAUGUCACUUUCUCCUACGUGUGGACGGCAGAUUUGGGAACCGGUGCUGGUACCAACGAAGCCAUCUCUGGCCUUGCUCCUCCCCCAUUACCAGCCACUCCUCCCCCCACUGUGGCGCCUGUCUGUUCAUCUUGGAAGUUGGAGAUAGCAGCCGAGAACAAAGAUUGGGAAGCGCACAUUUUUGAGAUUGAGCUCUACAGUGGAGAUCAGAUGAUCUCAGGAGCAGGCAUGGGCAUUGCUACCUCGGAUUGUGAGCGCUCGUCUCCAGAUGGUGCAUUUGAUGGGGACACCAGCACCAAAUGGGUCACUUGCUCCGGCGCAAAGGUCGGAAAGAGCGUGACAUACCAAUUGCACAACCCCAAUGGCGUGACGAAGAUCAAGACCAUACAAUGGGGCAGUGCCAACAAUGCCAUUCCAAAGUUUGACUUGUACUGCUCAACUGAUGAUGUCACUUUCUCCUACGUGUGGACGGCAGAUUUGGGAACCGGUGCUGGUACCAACGAAGCCAUCUCUGGCUUGACGUCACCUUGAACAUCAGAGAGGAGUAACACAAAAGUUGAAUAAAUUAUCGGCAGAAGGCAAAAAAAAUGUCUUACAAGUUUGAGCUGCAAAUGUUUCCUGUGUGCUCAAUGGAUUACGUCAAGUGCGAUGCUCUGAU